AUGUGUAUUGGUGGUAUUGAUGGCACCCAUAUCCCUAUUCUUGCACCAUCAGAGAAUGGCAAUACGUAUGUUAAUCGCAAGGGCGUUCAUUCAAUAGUAACACAAGCUAUUGUUGACAGUCAAGGUCUAUUUACAAAUAUUGUACUGGGUUGGCCUGGUAGUGUUCAUGAUGCUCGUGUAUUUUCCAACUCAACCAUAUAUGAGAAUGCCAAAACUGGAACAUUAUUUUCAGGAAUAAAUUCUAAAGAUGUCAGUGGUCAACAAGUGGGUCCACUUUUCAUUGCAGACCCAGCAUAUCCUUUGUUAUCCUGGUUAAUGAGACCUUACAAGGAAAACUCAUUAACUACAAGGUCAGAACGACAUUUCAAUCAUUGUCUACGUCAUACCUUUGGAAGGUGGAAGGGAAGAUUUCGAAGGCUUGCAAAAAGAGUCGAUAUGAAAGUUGCUUAUGUUACCACAGUUGUAGCAGCCUCAUGUAUCUUGCACAACAUCUGUGAAAUGCAGAACAAUCCAUUUCUUCCUUACUGGGAACAAGAUGUUCAACCUGAUGACACUGAUAAAUCAGCAACACUAGAGGUUCAAGAUGGGGAUGCCACACAAGUGCGUGAUUCACUAGCGAUGUAUUUCUCUAUGUAG